AUGCAUAAAAAUGAGGCCGUUUACAGUCUUACUUACGAGCCGUUGCAAGUGAAAACCGAGUCGUAUGUCCUCUGGCUAUACUUCCCAUCGGAACAUUUGCCUUUGCAAGGAACAGACAAUCAACCUGGUGCAUACUUAUUCCUGCCCGAUGGUCCUGCAAAGCCGGUGAAAACGAGGAAUUCGUUUGUGGUAAUUGACGGCUUAGUUAUGCGAAAGGUGCUAGUAGCCGAAGGUGGAAAAAUAAGCUUCAUGCACACAAUCCGAUUGCCUAUGUUAUCACAAUUCAUUGAAAUCGAGAAUGUGGUGGAUCUGCGAGCAACGAAGAAUUUCGAGAUGGCAAUGCGCCUUCAAACUACUAUAGAAAGUGGCGACGAAUUUUUCACCGAUCUCAAUGCAUUUCAGAUGAUCAAGCGACGGAGAUUUGAAAAAUUACCAUUGCAAGCUCAUUUCUAUCCGAUGUCGGCAUCCGCUUUCAUCGAAGAUAAGUCACUACGAAUGACACUGCUCACUGCACAGCCGUUGGGAGUUGCAAGUCUUACAUCAGGUCAUUUGGAAGUAAUGUUGGAUCGCCGACUCAACCAGGACGAUGGACGAGGCCUUUUUAGUGUAUGUGCUUGA